AUGGGCGCACCCAAAUACCAGAACGUGCCUCAGCGCGACUCGCUCGACGAGGCCGCGCCGGCGCCCUCGUACUCGCAGGCGCCACCCAGUUAUCAGGCAGCCAACGACCCCCAAGAAGCUCUCCUCAGCGGUGUUCCUCGAAGUGAAAACGACAACGUGCCCGAUGACUUCAAGUUUGGCGGCGUCGUGGCCGAGGCGACGCUGGACAUCCGGAUGGCCUUUAUCCGGAAGGUGUAUGCCAUUUUGACCGUCCAGCUCCUCGCAACUGCCGCCGUAAGCGCCCUCUCGAUGAUGUCGGAGUCGUACAAGAACUUUAUCCAAAACACCCCAUGGCUUAUGUGGGUGUCGCUGAUCGGCUCCUUCGUUUUCCUUGGCCUCACCUUCUGGAAGCGCAAGUCGUAUCCCACAAACCUCCUGUUCCUGGCCGGCUUCACUGCCAUGGAAGCAUACUCCAUCUCGGUCAUCGUGUCGUUUACCGAUUCCAAGAUUGUGCUGCAGGCGCUCUUCUUCACGCUGGGCAUAUUCAUCGCGCUGAGCUUGUUUGCAUGCCAGAGCAAGUACGACUUUACGCACUGGGCACCGUACCUCUUUGGCGCGCUCUGGGUGGUUGUGCUGUUUGGCUUCAUGUCCAUGUUCUUCCCCAGCAGCAGCACGGUCGAUCUAGGGUAUGGCGUCGUUUGCGCGCUCAUCUUUUCUGGAUACAUCCUGGUGGACACACAGAUGAUUAUGCGCCACUACCAUGUUGAGGAGGAGAUUGCGGCAUCCAUCUCGCUCUACCUUGACAUCAUUAACCUGUUCCUCGCCAUCUUGAGGAUUCUCAACUCGCAGAACCAGAAUUAG